UCAAAGUACUUAACGCAGUUGCAGGUGCGCAGCAUCAGUAACCUGCAGGGAUAGACCAGAGGAACUUCACUACUCCUGGGAAGUUGCACACCUGAAACCCAGCGAAAUUAGACAUAAAACAAAAUUUUAAAAAAUGAACGACGGCCAUCAGAAUAUAUACGAAAGUAUAGACGACGGCAAUCUUUAUGCGACUCCUCAUAAAAAUGCAAGCAGUGAGACUGAAUCCCACUAUGAGAACCAAGGCGCUAUAUACGAAGAGCCAAAUGUGGCGAAAGAAGCAGCGCACGGUGAGAUAAAAUUGCAUGAAUUAGACGAAGGUGAUGAAAGGCGUGAAGACCGAGCAUCGCCCGAUUAUAUCAACAUUCGACCGGAGAGCCAGAACGGCGACUCGGAUUCGUCGGACCUGGACGAAAGGAAAGCGUUUGAAGGCAAUAAAUUGUCAGCCUCAUCUGAGGACGAAGGUGUGCAGGAGUCGCCUCGUUUAGCGGCCAAAGCCAACGGGGUUAAGGGUGAGCCACCUUCUUUGACAUCUUCCGAAGACGGGGAGCCGGUUCGAGGGGACCCCUAUGAUGACCCGAGUGCAGAUAUGGCUGAGGAAGAAGAGGAGGAGGAGGAGAAAGAGGUGGACAGGAUCGAUGAGGGGAUGCUGAUGGCGUAUAGCCUGGAGUCCAGCAAAAUCUCCGAGCCCGAGGAGGUGGUUGAUUACAGCCUUCACACACCCAUCAACAGCAAUGAAGAAAAGAUCGCCGAUCCAGAUCAACCAGAAGUGGUACUUUUCGUUAAGGCGGGGAGCGACGGCGAGAGCAUCGGGAACUGCCCCUUCUCACAGAGGAUCUUCAUGAUCCUCUGGCUGAAGGGGGUCGUCUUCAAUGUUACCACUGUUGACCUGAAGAGGAAGCCAGCUGACCUGCAUAACCUUGCCCCAGGAACCCACCCGCCUUUCCUCACCUUCAAUGGCGAAGUCAAAACUGACGUAAACAAGAUCGAGGAGUUCCUGGAGGAGGUUCUGGCACCCCCAAAGUACCCCAGACUGGCGUCAAAGCACCGGGAGUCCAACACCGCAGGAAACGACAUUUUUGCCAAGUUCUCGGCGUACAUUAAAAACACGAAACCAGAAGCUAAUCCAGGUCUUGAGAAGAGCCUAGUCAAGGCUCUUAAGAGACUGGAUGAUUACUUAAACACUCCGCUCCCGGACGAGAUCGAUGCUGACAGCAUGGAAGACGAGAAGACGUCCAACCGCAAGUUCUUGGAUGGAGACGAGCUGACUCUGGCUGACUGCAACCUCCUGCCAAAGCUGCACAUCGUCAAGGUCGUCGCAAAGAAAUACCGCAAUUACGAGAUCCCGGCAGAGCUGACAGCGGUGUGGAGGUACCUGCAGAAUGCCUACAGCAGGGACGAGGUCACCAACACCUGCGCGGCUGACAGGGAGAUUGAGCUGGCCUACCUGGAUGUGGCUAAGAGGCUGAAGUGAAAUGGUGAAAUGCAGAUACACAGAGCGAUGCAUAUAUCCAGUGAGAUGCAUAUAUCCAAUGACAUGCAUAUAUCCAAUGAGAUGCAUAUAUCCAGUGAGAUGCAUAUAUCCAGUGAGAUGCAUAUAUCCAGUGAGAUGCAUGCCAUUGCCAUUUUCGUCUGUCCUUUGUCAGUCUGAUACGCUUCUCAGUCUAGCUCGCUGAGAUCAGUGGCCUCCUAGCCUGGUCUGGUUCAGCUACGUUUUCUGGCAAAAAAGGGUCGCUAUUUGAAACUUUAUCUUUGAAAAUAUGUUUGCCGUUACGGUAGAACAGUUUAUUAUACGAAGACGCAAUCUCAGACCUAAAUUAACCAUCGAUUAGUGACUGUAAACUAUGAAGUGCGAUGAAGUUUGAUUGUAGCUGCAGGUAUUAUGUUGUCAUUGAUUUGAAUCUUGCUUUUGGAUGAAAUGCACUCUAGCAACAUUAUAUUUAUAUAUGAAAGAGAUCUCUUAAUUUUUUUUUUUUUGCAUAAAUGAAUUUAUUAUAAAUGUAAAAAAUUGUACUCUGUGUGAUAUUGUUCUAUAUAUUUUUGCGUUGUUCCUUAAAUAAUAUGAUAACUUUUGGUGUGCUUAUAAAAUCUGAUUAAUUGUGUGUUAAAAUAUGAAAGAUCAUUGAAACAGUUUAAACAAACACUAUAAACACUCUUUUGAAUAUAGUUUAUAAUAAGUUAGUUUAUGGCCAUCUGGGGUCGGUUUUAUCAGGCAUGCAGUACGCUUCCGAUGAUCAAAUGGUUAUGUGAUGUGCGUAUGAUGAUUAUUGGCACAAUAAUUCAGCUCAAAUAAAACAGUAGGCAUUUGCCAAUGCAGACCUACAAAAAAGCCUGACCACA